UUUUGGUACAAUUCGUUUGGUGUACCAGUGGAGUGAACGUGUAAGCAAUAUGGGGAAAAGUUUCGACUAUGUAAAGGACUUGGUAGUGAACUUCAAGUUGGAUUGGUGUUGCUGGGUCAUACCUGUCCGGAUUGGGUUAAUGAUUAUUGGAUAUUUUAAUAUAUUUUUAGCGGUAAUCUCUCUCCUAGGCAUAGCAGAUGACAGCUUCACGCCCAUCCUGGUGCAAGUACAAGCCACCAUACUGGACGACAACUCCACUAAGCCCGUUCCCGUGACUGCCUACUGCAUUGAACUGGCCUUCAACGUUAUACUGCUAUGCGGGUUGUAUCGGAAAGACCUGAAGCUGAUGCGAGUGUACAUGAAGUACUGCAUGGCAGCGAUUAUCGCGUCCGUCAUGUUCUACUCUAUGGUGGUGGCGGCCAUCGGCGUUAUAGUCACCAUCGCUCUGGUGCUUAGCAUUUUAUACCAAAUAUACGUGCUCGUACUAGUAAGAAGUAUUCUGGUAGAAAUGAGACUAGAACAAAAGAAUUCGGAGCUGCCAACUGUAGUCAUGAGCACACUCGUUCAAGAAGAAAAAGAAAAAGAGAAGGCCGAGAAAGACAAAGUCGAAGCCGACGUGGAAGCCUUAGAGGAAGUCGAAGUUGAGGUCGAAAAGAACCCUGAAAUCAAACUCGAAACUGUGGACGAACUGCCCACGGAAGAAACAGUUCACGUACACGAUAAACAAUAAGCGUG